AUGGCUGGCCUGAACGUCUCCAUCGCUUUUUUUUUCCUGGUUGUUGGGGUAUGCCAGGCGCUCAGGUGGCUUUCCAAGAGGUUUCUGUCUCCUGGAGCGUACGGCUGCCUUGCCAGAGAACUUGCUGGCUCUUUACAGUUGUGCACGAGCUGCCUUGAGCUGAGGAUGCUGGUGGAGAUCGGCCCGUGGGGUGGUGGCUUUGGCUUAGACGUGGUCCUGACUCUGCUCUUCCUCCUCUUUGCGGUUCAUGGCGUCUCUUUCGAUGGAGCAUCCGCCAACCCGACCGUCUCUCUCCAGGAGUUCCUGCUCCUCGAGUCCGACCUCGCCGCAACCGCUGCCAAGCUGCUGGCCCAGGGCGCGGGCACGGGGACGGGCUGGGCUGUCACCAAGCUCUACUGGUCCUGGGAGCUGACGCAUUUCCACCUCAUCCAGAACCUGAUAGCGUCAGAGUGCAGCUCCUCCAUCCGCACAUCUCUGCACCACGCUGCCUUUGUGGAAGGCACCUGCUCUUUCCUUUUCCACCUUGUCCUUCUCAAGCUGCAACAGAGUCACCCAAUGUACCGGGUCCCUGCACUGGCAGCGACUGUCGCCUUCCUGACCUACGCAGCUGGACCAUUCACGGGGGCCUUCUUCAACCCUGCCCUGGCCACAGCCACCACCUUCCACUGCUCGGGGAGCAGCUUUUGGGACUACAUCCAGGUUUACUGGCUGGGACCCCUUGCAGGAAUGCUCGCUGCCCUCUUGCUGUACCAAGGCAACAUCCCACGACUCUUCCAGAAAAACCUCUUUUACAGCCAGAAAAGCAAAUACAAGAUACCCAAGGCAAGGGUGGCGGCGCUCACGGAGGGUGACGAACCACGGCAGAAAAGGAAAGGGGAGAAAAGCAACCCCCAGCCUCGUACCUGA